CGGGCCGGGGGCGGGGCGCGCGGCUGCGCAGUGCUGUCCCCGCUGUCGCCGCGGUCAGAGGGACGCGAUGGCCGGGCCCGCGUGGAUCUCCAAGGUCUCUCGACUGCUGGGGGCAUUCGGCAGCCAAAAACAGGUGACGAGAGGUUUGGCCGGUGGUGGCCAGACAGUGACUCUGAUCCCCGGAGAUGGUAUUGGCCCAGAAAUUUCAGCCGCAGUUAUGAAGAUUUUUGAUGCUGCCAAAGCACCCAUCCAGUGGGAGGAGCGGAACGUCACAGCCAUCCAGGGCCCUGGCGGGAAGUGGAUGAUCCCUCCAGAAGCCAAGGAGUCGAUGGACAAAAACAAGAUGGGCCUGAAAGGCCCUUUGAAGACCCCAAUAGCAGCUGGUCACCCUUCUAUGAAUUUGCUGCUGCGGAAGACAUUUGACCUGUAUGCAAACGUCCGACCCUGCGUCUCCAUUGAAGGCUACAAGACCCCUUACACUGACGUGAACAUUGUCACCAUCCGGGAGAACACGGAGGGGGAGUACAGCGGCAUCGAGCACAUAAUCGUGGACGGUGUCGUGCAGAGCAUCAAGCUUAUCACCGAGGAGGCCAGCAAGCGCAUCGCUGAGUUCGCCUUUGAGUACGCCCGGAACAACCAUCGGAGCAAUGUCACUGCUGUGCACAAGGCCAACAUCAUGCGAAUGUCAGAUGGGCUUUUUCUGCAGAAAUGCAGAGAAGUUGCAGAAAACUGUAAAGACAUAAAGUUUAACGAGAUGUACCUAGACACAGUGUGUUUAAAUAUGGUGCAGGACCCAUCCCAGUUCGACGUGCUGGUGAUGCCGAACCUCUACGGAGACAUCCUCAGUGACCUGUGUGCCGGACUGAUCGGAGGACUGGGAGUGACGCCCAGCGGCAACAUUGGCGCCAAUGGGGUGGCCAUCUUUGAGUCGGUCCACGGCACUGCCCCCGACAUCGCGGGCAAGGAUAUGGCCAACCCUACAGCCCUGCUGCUCAGUGCCGUGAUGAUGCUGCGCCACAUGGGCCUGUUCGACCACGCCGCCAAGAUCGAGACUGCGUGCUUCGCCACAAUCAAGGAUGGGAAGAUCUUAACAAAAGACUUGGGAGGCAAUUCCAAGUGCUCUGACUUCACAGAGGAAAUCUGCCGCCGAGUGAGAGAUAUGGAUUGAGGCCCUGCAGACAGGUCCCCACACCACCCACUCCGGGGGCACCACCCCCUACUCUGUGUGCAUUCGGUUUGCUUCUCGACAGAAUCCAUGUUCAGAUCUGGCCUGUUCUUACAAAAGGUCUGCGCAGGGCACAGGGGGUACCCCCGCCUGCUUUCAAAGGACUUUUUCCUAGUGCUUGUUUUAUUUGUUAAAUGUCUGUCUGGUAUACAUUUUUGUAAACUCUUCAGUGGACUGUAUCAUUUGCCAUUCUUAAUCAUUUUACAUCUCAGUUGAAACACUCUUUUCCUCAGCUGUAAAUAUGAUACAGAAUUAAUAAGAGAAAAAUUGACUUUUUAAAAGAUAAUUUGUUUUCCUUGGUUUAUGGAAAACGUAAUAAAUACAACCAAAUAUUGACAUAAUAAUAGCACAAGACAGAAUUCAUCAGAAAAAAAAAAAAAACAGGCACGGAGAAAUUUCCUGGGAAAGCUCCCACAGAAGCUGAGAUGGCAGCACUUCUCUUAGUAACGCGCAAACCCUUCCCGUGAAUUGCGUCCUUCCCAUGAAUUUCCGAGUGUGAAUAAAGACCUGAGAGCCAAGAGUGCAAACGAGAAGCUCACUUGUGUCUGUGUGAUAACUGCAGGCAGCACACUGCGCAGAGACCCUGAGGAGGCCGCUCCACCCUAUGUCCUGGGACACAUGAAUGGGUGACUUGGUGCUUCCCAGCAGGGUUCAAGCACGCGUGUGCCUGCCGGGAGUGGCAGCUGAGUGGCUGCUCCUGUGCCAUCUCAUGCCCACCCACCUGCCUAGACUUGGGCUGUGGUUAAGAAGUGGCCAUGCUGGCUCCCAACUUUGUAGUGAGCGGCUACCCUUUCCUGCCCAGCACUGAACCCUGCCUGCUCCCCAGGGUGCUGGGUCCAGAGGGUAGAGCCCAUCACCAGCUGCUGCCAGGCCAAGAUUUGUGCUGAGCCUCGGAUUGUGGACACUUUUCCACCCGCAUGAUGUCACUCACUCACUCUCAUCUUGGUCCUCACAUCACAGACUCACUCUCCCCUGGCCCUUGUGCGGCAUUGCAAACCCAUGGCUUUGCAGACGGAACCCUGACUGGGUCAUCUUGAGGCUUAUAACCAAACUUACAAUCUUAAUGUACUUGUCCUUGUUGAAAUCGCUGCUUCCUGUUUUACUGGACUAUGCUAAUAUCAUGGCUCCUGGGUUCAUGCUAAUAAAGAAUUCCAACUCAGA